ACCCUAACCAACAACUUCACAUUUCCAAAAUGCCAUCAUCCUCAACCAAACGCAAAACCAUCAAUCCUCAAACAGUGAUCUCCACCGUCGGUUCCAUCGCGGCCGCAGCGAUGCUCAUCCGCAGCCUCUCGCGCCAAUACUUACCACCCGAGUUUCGCAACCACAUCUAUCUCCACUUCCGUAGCUUCAUCAACAAAUUCUCCACACAACUAACCAUGGUCAUUUACGAACACGAAGGAUUUAACGACAACGAAAUCUACACCGCUACACAACUAUACCUAGCAGACCGAAUAUCCCCCGAUAUCCACCAUCUAAAAGUCACAAAAAACCCUAACGAACAACAUAUUAAUGUUGCAAUAGAAAUCAACGAGGAGUAUACAGAUAUUUAUAAUGGAGUCAACUUCUGUUGGUCUUUAGUUUCCAAGAAGAACCCAACGAGAGAGUUUUACACUCACGACGACAACGGUCGGUCUACCCGAAGCGAUCUACGAUCGCUACAUCUCACGUUUCACUGGAAACACAAAGAUCUCGCGUUACACGACUACUUACCGUAUAUUAUAAACUACGCGAAAGCGAAGAAACAAAACGUUAAAAUAUUGAAGUUGUUCACGGUGGAUAAGAAGGUGAAUUAUGCGCGAACUGUAACGUGGACGUCGGUGAAUCUUGAUCAUCCUGCUAGCUUUGAGACGGUGGCGAUGGAUACCGGAGUUAAGGAGAUGGUGAUGGAGGAUUUGGAUAGGUUUUUAGAGAGGCGAGAGUAUUAUCGGAGAGUUGGAAAGGCGUGGAAGAGAGGGUACUUGUUGUAUGGUCCUCCAGGGACCGGGAAAUCGAGUUUGAUUGCUGCUAUGGCGAAUUAUUUGAAUUUUGAUGUGUAUGAUUUGGAGUUGAGUGAUGUUAAGUCGAACUCGGAGCUUAGGAGGUUGUUGGUGGCGACCGCGAACCGGUCGAUAUUGGUUGUGGAGGAUAUUGAUUGCUCGGUGGAGUUGCAUGAUCGGGAGGAAGUAGAAGCUGAGAAAGCUGUAGCUCGAAGAAGUAGUAAACAUGGAAGUAAAGAUGAAGAACGACCCAAGAUAACAUUGUCAGGGUUUCUUAACUACAUUGACGGGUUAUGGUCAAGUUGCGGUGAUGAGAGAAUCAUCAUAUUCACGACCAACAGGAAAGACAAGCUUGAUCCUGCACUUAUUCGUCCAGGUCGUAUGGACGUCCACAUCCACAUGUCGUACUGCACCCCAAGCGGCUUUCGAGUGUUAGCCUCCAACUACCUUAAUAUCACCGAACAUGAACAUUUUGAAGAAAUUGAGAAUUUGCUCUCUGAGGUGGACGUUACCCCUGCUGAAGUAGCGGAACAACUUCUGAAAAAUAACGACCCUGACGCCGCUCUUUGCGGCCUUAUUGAGUUUUUUGAUGUAAAAAAGAAGGAACUUGAGGCUAUAGCAAGGUUAAAAGAAGAAAAGGCUGCAAGAAAGAAGGAAAGGAAGGAAAAGAAGCAACAAGAGGAUGAACUUAAGAAGCAACAAGAGGAUGGAACUAAUUAAGAUGUUUGGAUAUUUACUAUUGCAAGGAAUAACAAUGUAUCAACUAUCAUGUAUGCAUAUGUCAUGAUGAAACAACAAAUAGAAUGAAUUCACGGCUCAGGUCAUCACACUUUUGUAGAACUUUUUUGCCUAUGUAUAAUAUAUGUGUUUAGUAUUUAUCUACUAUUAUUUCAAUUA